GCUCUGACUGCAGAACUUCUCGGCGGCACAAAGGUGGUAUUUCACGGCGACUACGUGAGUCCAGAUGAACGCUACCUGAUGAUCGGUAACCAUCGAACUGAACUGGACUGGGCCUACUCGUGGAUGAUCUACACACGCUUUGGUAUGCUAGAGCACUUCAAGCUGGUGUUGAAAGAUUCCCUUCGCCACGUACCUAUCUGGGGCUAUGUUUGCCAAGCCUGUGGCUAUCUGUUCGUCAAGAGGAACUGGCAGGAGGAUCAGUUGUUGCUGGCCAAGCACUGCAAGCACCUGAAGCAGUCCGGUGCGCCAAUCCAGCUCCUGCUCUUUCCCGAAGGCGCCGACCUCGAGGGCAGUGGAAAAGCCAAGAGCGACGCCUACGCAAAAGCUAACAACUUGCCAAUCUAUGAGCACCUGUUGCAUCCUCGCACAUCCGGUUUCACCUACCUUGUGUCUCACUUGAAUGAUCAUCUGGACUGUGUUGUAGACAUGACUGUGGCCUAUCCCAAGAAUAUUGUCUACAGCUUCAAGGAAAUCUUCCUCGGCAACUUUCCGGAGGAGAUACACUUUCAUCUGAAGCGCCACCCUAUGUCUACCAUGCCGGACGACGCCAAGGAACUUAGUGCAUGGCUGAAAAGUGAUUGGGAGCACAAAGAAACACGCCUGGCUCAGUUCUACCGCAGUGGCUCGUUUGAGCUUCCCACAGACGCGCAGAGUCAGGCAAAGCAAAUUCACAAGGCCAUCGACAUUGGCGCCUUAAACCUGGUUGUUCACCAUCGCCUGUUCUACGUUGCUCUCUUCUGGGUCUUGUUCACGCUGGCGACGAGCUUUGCAAUACUAACAACGUGGUACGUCCGCUGGUAUGUAGUUCUCAUGUCGCUGGCCAACCUCUUGAUUGAGCAUCACCUCGGCGGACUACUGCACCUUGAGCUGCAGCUUGCAGAGACGGCCACAGCAUGAUCAAGAUGAUGAUGCACGCUACAAACCACUGCAACAUGAUGAUGCAGGCUACCAAUGCACUCCUCUUGGUGUGCUGUCUCUGCGUUGCCAUGCAGGCAAAAGAACUCAGUCUGUAAUCAGCUGAUCAUCAAUGCCCCUUCUGAGCGUUGACUGUGAUUUGCACACACUCAAUACUUGAACGGUUUAUUGUAGUCUCCUCGUAAGUUAUUCGUAGGGUUGAAACUUAAUGAAUUGAUCUGAAUGACCCCUGUGAAUGAUAAUAGCACCAUGAAAGAUUGCCAUCAAAAGUUUAGAUAGAAUGUCUUCAUCAACCUUUAGCUCGUGUAGUUCAAAACUGACUUUUACCUUUUGAAUGAUUUUUGAUUUUAUCCUCAAAAUAUCGUCCUUGGGCUUGGGCGUUGUCACCUCAUCAUUACUAUUCUGUUGACUCCCUGCUCUUUCAUACUAUCUACUUAUUUAUUACUAAGAGGACCAUGUUGUAAUCGUGUCUGCGGACCAUUACCAAGCCUAGCACAUGUACGUAAUCAAGUAACGUGCUCUUGGCAAUGCGCAGCUCCUCUUUUCAUGUUUCAUCAUCACUUUCGUGAUGGCAUACCGCCGAUGCUCUGCAUUUUAUCCAGGAUACUUCCCUGCCCCCGUGUCGUGCUACUAGUUGUGAAAUGAGUUAAGUGCAUGGCAUUCCCCUCCUUCUCCCCUGUUUUUUUUUUAAACCACCUUUUUUCAUCUUCGGCCAGUGUAGUAUUGACUUUGUCUGACUCUGGGGGUGAGACAUGGGGAAAGUUGCCAUACAUGUACGUGGGGUGUGGAAUCA